AUGCAACGGCGUUGCUUCCUCGAGAAACAGCAUGCAAUAACUCUCCAAGUCUCUGCUCAAAGUCCUAUGGGGAAAUCACACAUCUGGGGGCGCACGAUAGUCCGUUCGUACGAGAUGCAUCGACAGGCUAUUCGACCUCAGCAAACCACGUUUGCUGAUACUUGCUAUAGAUACUACAAUACCACUGUACAGCUAGACGCUGGCGUUCGCAUGGUAACGGCGCAAGUCCAUUUGCAAGGCUCGGAGUGGCACCUGUGCCAUUCGAGCUGUGAGCUGUUAGACGCGGGGAAGUUAAGCACAUGGUUAAAAGAGAUCAAGAGCUGGUUAGACUCGAAUCCGAAUGAUGUUGUCACAGUUUUGCUGGUCAACUCUGAUAAUGCCUCUGCUUCCGAUCUGAAUUCCGAAUUCAAAACUGCAGGAAUAGUCGACUACGCUUACACACCCUCCACCUCCGCAGCACCAAGCACCUGGCCUACAUUGCAGACUUUGAUCAAUAACGGGACUCGGCUGAUGGUCUUCGUGGCGUCCUUAGACUCCAACACAGAUGCCCCUUACCUUAUGGAUGAAUUCUCGUUUUUAUUCGAAAAUCCCUACGACGUGACGUCGCCUUCCAACUUCAGCUGCAAUCCCGACCGGCCAGCCAGCGUGAAGAAUGACCUCUCCGCUGCGAUCUCGUCCAACCGCCUGCCCCUCAUGAACCAUUUCCUGUAUGCCACAACCAUCCUGAAUAUUGAGUAUCCCAACUCCACGUACGUGACGACCACAAAUGCGCCCUCUGGCGGAGUGGGGAAUCUAGGAGACACCGCGACGAAGUGCCAGAGCGCUUACGGCCGUCAGCCGGCCUUUAUAUUGGUGGAUUUCUUUGACAAGGGCCCAGCCAUCGAUACCGUGGAUAAGCUGAAUAAUGUCACUUCACCUGUUGGGCGCACCAACCUCACAACGAGCUCCAGCUCGAGCACGACACAAACAAGCUCUGCCUCAACCUAUUCGAACGUCUUUAAGGGGUUGGUUGAGCUAGUACAGCAGGCGAAGUCGGGCUCAAAUCCCAGUAUGGGCGACUGGGUUUGGGUGGGGGGUGAUUGGGGAAGUCUUCUCGGCGGCGGUAUAACAAUGUAG